CAAUCUCGGUCGGAGUUGGUUCGCUGCAGUCCUGCCGGCUCCAUAGAGGAGAGUGCUAAUCGGGAAAAAGACUGCGUCGGUUCUAUAACGUCAGAGGUGUUUUUUUUUUCUUCAAUAAAACAUCACCACUAUACAGACGCCCCCAUAAUUCGCAUUAUACACGCACAUACGCUUUAUUCCGGUACAUUUCAUCGCCAUCGCUACCUUUUCUGUGCCAAGCUCGAACCAAGUCAUGUCGAACCCAGCCGUGUCGAACAAGGAGGAGAAGCCCGAAGAACAGCAGAAGGAGAACCAGUCCAGCUGGAAAGAUUUCCUCUACAACCCGAGAACUGGGGAGUUUGUUGGUCGCACUGCCAGCAGUUGGGCCCUCAUUUUCCUGUUCUAUGUGGUGUUCUACGGGUUCCUGGCGGGGAUGUUCACUCUCACAAUGUGGGUGAUGCUGCAGACGCUGGACGACCACACACCCAAGUACCGCGACAGAGUGUCCAGCCCAGGUUUGGUGAUCAGGCCGAAGUCCAUGGAUAUCACGUUUAACCGCUCUGAUCCUCUGAACUAUCGGCAGUAUGUUCAACACCUGGAGUCUUUCUUAAAGCCCUACAACGACACGGCGCAGGAGCAGAACGAGCUGUGUGUGCACGGCCAGUACACGGAGCAGGACAGCAGUGUGGAGAAGAAGGCCUGCCCGUUCAACAGCAGCCUGUUGGGCCAGUGCUCCGGCCAGGACGACCCCAGCUUCGGCUACGCAGAGGGCAAGCCCUGCGUGCUGGUGAAGAUGAACAGGAUCAUCGGACUGAUGCCCACCGGAGAGCCGUUUAUUAACUGCACAUCAAAGGUGAGGGUCUCUCUCCUCCCUGUCUCCCUCUCUCCCUCCCUCCGUUUUCCACUGCAGAAGAACUACGUUCAGCCGCUGGUGGCGGUGAAGCUGCUCCUGACCAGAGAGGAUUAUGGGAAGGAGCUGAGCCUGGAGUGCAAGCUGCACGGCACCGACCUGAAGAACAACGACGAGCGCGACAAGUUCCUGGGGCGCGUGACCUUCAGGGUGAAGGUCACGGAGUGAGGGGGGGCGUUCCUGCACUGCCCGGCCGACGCAAAACCUUCCCGCAAUGCUGCUGCGGUCAAGCGCCAACGUUACAACACUGACAGAACGUUCUGGGAACAUUUUGUGUUAGCUGGGUACCUACCGUCCCCACACCAACACCCCCACCCCCCUGACCCCACCCCCCCCACCCCCCAGUCUGUAGCCCCUCCUACCUGGGACUCACCCCCAUACUCCCGCCAAGCCUGGAUCAAAUACGUAACUGUUUUGGAUUCAAAUGCUUUUCUACGCUCUGCUGAACUUAUCUGCUGUAUUGGGACCGAUGAGAUACUCUCAAAAAGUGCAAACCCCACCUUCCGGUCUUCUUGGUUGGCUCAGCUGCACUAGGCAAGGGCAAUCGAGCAGAGAAAUACAAUACUGAUCCAAAUCUAAAUGCUGACGCAAAAUGAUUACGUAUUGGACCCAGGUCUGGUUCCCCCCUCCUCUUGCCCCCACUGAAGGACUGCCCUUUGCACUGUACUGAAGGGUCAC